UAUGUUACUCGUGACCACAAGAUUUACAUAUCUUCUUUACCUCAGAUGUUUUCUCUACAUUGUUUCUUAAUGUCAAGGUAUAAAACCAUCUCAUUCGCUUCUACUUCUAAUUACGUUCAUUCAUAAGUAUUGUUUGCUUUCUCCUUCCAAAACCUCCUUUCUUUCGCUUUAAGAAGAAGAAAAUAAUAACAACAUGUCAUUUAAGAAGAUGACAUUAACCUUUCUGUCGGCUUUGCUAGCAGUAUCGUGUGCAACUCAUGUUCUCGGUGUUGGAGAUGCACUAAUUGUCAAUAUGACAAUACUCCAAAGCGCAACUGCCCAAGGCGCAGUAUGCCUAGAUGGAAGUCCACCAGCAUAUCAUCUGGAUAGGGGACAUGGUAGCGGAAUUCACAACUGGAUUAUCUUCUUGGAUCAAGGCGGCUGGUGCAACAAUACUGCAGAUUGCCUUUAUCGUUCAACUAUGCACUUAGGUUCUUCCAAGCACAUGAAUCAGCAAUCUUAUUUUACUGGGAUACUUUAUAAUAGAUCCGAAGAUAAUCCAGAGUUUUACAAUUGGAACAGGGUGAAGGUGAAGUAUUGUGAUGGUUCAUCUUUCACCGGUGAUGUUGAACAAGUUGACACUGAGAACAAGCUGUAUUUUAGAGGGGCAAGAAUAUUUAAGGCUAUAAUGGAAGAUUUAUGGAGCAAAGGAAUGAAAAAUGCUGAAAAUGCAAUCCUGACCGGAUCUUCAGCCGGAGGGUUGGCUACAAUCUUGAACUGUGAUAAGUUCAAAUCUCUCUUGCCGAAUGUUGCCAGAGUUAAGUGUGUCGCAGAUGCAGGAUUCUUCCUUGAUGGGAAAACAAUCGCUGGUACUUCAUAUAUUGAAGAGACGUAUCGGAGUAUUGUUAACCUACAUGGAUCCGCUAAGAAUUUGCCUUCAGCUUGCACGUCUGUAAUGGAACCAAGUCUGUGCUUUUUCCCGCAAAAUGUCGUCCCAUACGUUCAAACUCCACUUUUCAUAAUCAAUUCAAUUUAUGACUCCUGGCAGAUUAAUAACACUUUGGUUCCUCGAUACCUCGAUCCUGAACUUGUGUGGGAUCAUUGCAAGGCUCACUUAAGUAACUGCACACUUAGCCAACAUUUAAUUAUUCAAGAUUUUGGAGUAGAGUUCUUGAAAGCAUUCGACGGACUAACCCCUUCUUUUACGAGGGGUUAUUUCCUCACAUCUUGCCAUACUCAUCUUGGAAUUCUACAGACGGGUUUUUGGUUCAGUCCUACCUCUCCAAGAUUACUUCAUAAGACAAUUGGUGAAGCUGUUGCGGAUUGGUACUUUGAAAGAGCAAGGUUUCAAUACAUAGACCCAUACCCUUGUGCUAGAGAUUGCAAGGUAUAGUUAAGUUAGUGAACUUCCACAAAAAAAUGGGCUUGCAGAUGUUGUAUGUGUUGCUUAUUUGGUGGUACGUAGCUAUUGAGGAGUACCUCACCAUUGGAGUAAGAUGGUUUUUGUUAUGAAACCAUAUAUAAUUGGAAAUAAA